CCCUCUAGGAGUGACUGUAAUAUGUACAUUUUACAGUUGCCCGUGGGCGGGAAAUUUCAACUACCAUUUCGUGGUUUUCCUCUGUUCAUCAUUACUUUGCGUGUGACCUGAGCAAUGAUAAUUCAAGUUUAACAUUUUAAGUUUGACAUCCAACAACGUUAUACUCAUCGUCGUGAAAGUUCUGAAGGUUAUAUUGGCAUUCAGGAUUGAACUUAUUUCCAGGCGUUUUUGCAUGGACCAACAAAUGACUAUGAUCGGCGAAGGCCGUAAGAAGCCAACAGAUUUUUCUAUCGCUCGGAUUAUGAUGAAAGAUGAGCCCCGUCCUACGGCUUUUAAAGAAUAUAUACCAACAUCUUUGAAACAAACAUCAAUAUCACCUUUACCGUACAAUAUGUUAUCGUUUUCUGUCAUGCAUAAUAUAUUCCAGAGACCUAUUAUAAGAAUCAAACAACCGCAUUCUUCAAUAUCUGACAAAGGGAUCAUAUCCUCAUCUACUCCGGGAAAAGAUUCUGGGCAAACAUCAGCUGGACCACCUAAAAUCUUUACCUGUCCACACUGUGGCAAACAUUUUCAAGCUCAUUAUAACUUAACCCGUCAUAUGCCUGUUCAUACAGGAGCAAGGCCGUUUAUGUGUAAGGUAUGUGGUAAAGGAUUCCGACAAGCGAGUACUCUUUGCAGACACAAAAUCAUUCAUACUCAAGAUAGACCUCACCAUUGUGGCGUUUGUGGGAAAUCUUUUAAUCGUAGCUCUACAUUAAAUACUCAUACAAGAAUUCAUACGGGUGUAAAGCCUUAUCGAUGCGAAGUGUGCGACCGCCGUUUCCACCAGAAAGGAAAUUACUUAAAUCACACUUUGACCCACAACAGUGUUAAGCAGUAUAGAUGUUCAGUGUGCGGAAAAUCUUUUCAUCAGAUUUACAACUUGACAUUUCAUAUGCAUACUCAUCGGGAUAAAAAACCAUUCCAGUGUACAGUGUGCAACAAAGGAUUUUGUAGAAAUUUUGAUUUGAAGAAACAUAAGCGCAAACUUCAUCCUGAAGAGGAGGACGCUGUGCUUUCUUAUCAUCAUCAAUUUUAAAUCUACUUACCUCAUUAUAAGAAAAUAACAAUGACGGCCAUUUAGAUCUAUGAACUAAUAGAAAUAUAAAAUUAGUGGUUUCAAUAGUAUGUUAAUUUUUAAUUGUAUCCUUAUUUGUUUUAUUAAAGCGUUUUGUGAUUGA